CUUUUCCCCACCUCACCAAAAUCGUCCAUCUCCCUAAAUCUUUUUCCUUUUCCCCAAUUUUUUACCCUCUCCCCAGCUUUACUCUCCCUCCCCCAAAGUCCUUUUUUCCUCUCUCCAGUUCUUUCCCCUCUCUAUAGAUCUUUUCUCCUCUCUUCCCCUCCGCUUCCCUUCCCCAAAUCUUCUCCCUCCAAAAAAAAAAAAAAUCCCUUCCCUAAAUUUCUCCUCCCCUCCGUUCCUCCCUCCCCAAAUCCCUUCUCUCCCCGCUGCCUCCCACCCGCCCUCCGCAGUCUCUCUCUGGCUGGGCGCCCCGCGGCGCUCACGCCCCCCCACUCCCGCCCCUCCCUCUUUUCUGCCUCCCGCCCCGGUCCCGUCCCCGUCCCGCCUCCUGCAGCCGCUCGCUCGGCUCCGGCUGGGGCGCGCCCGGCGGGUGCAGGGGAGGCAGCACCGCUCCGGCGACACCGGCACAGGCACCGGCAGCACCGGCACAGGCACCGGCAGCACCAUCGCCAGCGCCGGGCAGGGCCGCGGCGGGGCGGCGGCGGACGAUGGGCCGGCGGCGAGCGGUGGCGGCGGCCGGGCGGCUGGUGCAGCCCGUCCCCAGCGGCAUGGAGCCCGGCGCCGGUGCAGAAUGAAGGGUGCUUGGCGCUCCCCCCCGCAGACAUGUCUGUGCCUUUACUCAAGAUUGGAGUCGUCCUCAGCACCAUGGCCAUGAUCACCAACUGGAUGUCGCAGACGCUGCCCUCCCUCGUGGGGCUCAACACCACCAAACUCACGGCGGCCACGGGCGGCACCUUGGACCGCAGCACGGGAGUGUUGCCUACCAACCCAGAGGAAAGCUGGCAGGUCUACAGCUCUGCCCAAGAUAGCGAGGGACGUUGUAUAUGCACAGUGGUGGCACCUCAACAGACGAUGUGCUCGCGUGAUGCCAGGACAAAGCAGCUGAGACAACUAUUAGAAAAGGUGCAAAACAUGUCCCAGUCGAUAGAGGUGUUGGACAGGCGGACUCAGAGAGACCUACAGUACGUCGAGAAGAUGGAAAACCAGAUGAGGGGACUGGAAUCAAAAUUUAAACAAGUGGAAGAAAGCCACAAGCAGCACCUGGCAAGGCAGUUUAAGGCAAUAAAAGCGAAAAUGGAGGAACUUAGGCCUUUGAUACCAGUGUUGGAAGAGUACAAAGCCGAUGCAAAAUUGGUAUUGCAGUUUAAAGAGGAGGUCCAGAAUCUGACGUCAGUUCUAAACGAACUCCAGGAAGAGAUUGGCGCCUAUGACUACGAAGAGCUUCAGAACAGAGUGUCAAAUCUUGAAGAAAGGCUUCGUGCAUGCAUGCAAAAAUUAGCUUGUGGCAAGCUGACGGGAAUAAGUGACCCGAUCACAAUUAAAACCUCGGGGUCCAGGUUCGGAUCGUGGAUGACGGACCCUCUUGCUCCCGAGGGAGAGAACAAGGUCUGGUACAUGGACAGCUACCACAACAACCGCUUCGUCCGUGAAUAUAAAUCCAUGGCAGAUUUCAUGAAUACUGACAAUUUUACCUCUCACCGUCUCCCUCACCCAUGGUCAGGCACCGGUCAAGUGGUCUAUAACGGCUCCAUCUAUUUCAAUAAAUACCAAAGCCACAUAAUUAUCAGGUUUGACUUGAAAACAGAGACCAUUCUCAAGACUCGCAGCCUGGAUUAUGCCGGCUACAACAACAUGUACCACUACGCCUGGGGUGGCCACUCGGACAUUGACCUCAUGGUAGACGAGAACGGGCUGUGGGCUGUCUACGCCACCAACCAGAACGCUGGCAACAUUGUCAUCAGCAAGUUGGACCCCAACACCCUUCAGAGCCUCCAGACCUGGAACACCAGCUACCCGAAACGCAGCGCCGGCGAGGCUUUCAUCAUCUGCGGCACCCUCUACGUCACCAACGGCUACUCGGGAGGUACCAAGGUCCACUAUGCCUACCAGACCAACGCCUCCACCUACGAGUACAUCGACAUCCCCUUCCAAAACAAGUACUCGCACAUUUCCAUGUUGGACUACAACCCCAAGGAUCGGGCCCUCUAUGCCUGGAACAACGGGCACCAAAUACUUUACAAUGUCACCCUCUUCCACGUCAUCAGGUCUGACGAGUUGUAGUCCAUCCUUGUCUAGAAACUGAUUUAGAAAGCAACAAAAAAAAGGGAAAAAAGGGAGAAAUUAAUUUAAAAAAAAUACUAAUAUCAAGGAAACACUCUUUAAACAAGUAAAUAUAUAAACAGCUGCCAAAAUUAAGACCAAUGUCAUGGAGGAUUAUUCAGCAUACACCUGACAGAUCAGCAUUACCUCUACAUUUCUAGAAGUCUGGCCCUGUGUUAUAGACUCACAAAUAACCAUGUACUUGCAGCUGGAACUGCACUUGAAGAACCACUUAAGUUUUGGGGUUUUGUUUUGUUAUGUUCGAUAGCAAACCUGUAGUACAUACUAAAGAAGUAAGGCAAUGACUGUUGAAAGUUUAUCCUUGGGAGACUCGCUUUCUUCUGUGUGUGGGUUGCAUGGACAUUUCCCCAGCAUCGCGGUCAGCUGUGAUGGUUGUGUGAUUUGUAUUUCUAAGCAGAAAACGCUGACCCGUGAGGAGCUCUCGCUGUCUGAACAAGACCUAUCACAGGUUAGUUUUCUUCGCCUUCCAUUGCAGCUACUGUCUCUCAACUGUGUUCUUGUCACUUAGAUUAACUGUGCUGAGACCCGAAGUAGCUCAUGGAUCUGUGUCUUAGUAACUAUUAAACACGAUGGUUUAAGUAUGUAUUAUGAACAAGUUGUUGUACCCAUAUUGUUUGAACUUAUGUAUUCAGCAAAUAUAUUGUAUAAUGUAUGUCUGUUAUUUACCAGAGGUGGCAAAACUUUGUAUGUCCAGUUUAUGCAAUGAAUGUUGUAAAUGCAAUGAUGUAGUUUGGAUUAAUAAAUGAUGGUUUUGUUUCUAAAAAGAAAAAAAAGAUCAGUGUUCACCCUUAUACACAGAUAACCAAUUUCAUGUUGAUAAUUACAAGAAUAUUCUCUUACUGUUAUACUAUCUACAUAGCAUUAUGGUGGUUGGAAAUCGCUUCUGUGGAAAUCCUGUGGCAUCAGAUUCCCAUGGGAAGCCCAGUUUAUGGAAGUGAGAAGGUAAUUAAUUUUUUUUAAGAGGCAAACUUUGUACUAUCCACAGUUAUCUAAGGAACAAUAAAAAUAUUAGGAGACUUC